AAAUUGGAAAUCUGGUCGGAUCGAUUGCGAAAAUCGGGUCGGUUCGUGAUAAAAGUUGCGCGCUUAAACCUAUCUACGAAGCUUCCAGAAUCUCCAAUUUCAUUUCAUUUCAUCUUUCUCAACCGAAACAAAGAGCUCAAUAAAAAAGCGAUUAUCAAAAUAAUCGAUUAUUUCAUUCAAAUUCUACUACAAUGUCUCGUUCGUUGGUUCAACCAAUAGGUCAAAAGCGAUUAACAAACGUAGCAGUUGUUCGUCUGAAGAAACACGGCAUGCGUUUCGAAAUCGCUUGUUACCCUAACACUGUUCUUUCAUGGCGUUCCGGCGUUGAAAAGGAUAUUGAUGAAGUGUUGCAGUCACAUACGGUUUAUACGAAUGUUUCGAAAGGUGUUCUUGCUAAGUCUAAGGAUUUGAAUGCUGCGUUUGGUACUGAUGAUCAUUCCAGUAUUUGCUUAGAGAUUUUGAAGAAGGGGGAACUUCAGGUUGCUGGUAAAGAGAGGGAGUCAAUGCUGUCUAGUCAGUUCAGGGACAUUGCCACCAUUGUAAUGCACAAGACUUUUAAUCCUGAGACUAAGCGCCCUUACACUAUCAGCAUGAUUGAACGCCUCAUGAGGGAUAUCCAUUUUGCUGUUGAUCCAAACAGCACCUCCAAGAAGCAGGCUCUGGAGUUGAUUCAGGAGCUUCAGAAGCACUACCCUAUAAAACGGUGUCCAUUGAGGGUACGCGCUGCUGCCCCUGAAGAGGAAGUACCCAUCCUUUUGGAAAAGCUGAGCGAGUGGAAGGCAACCGUUAUUUCUAAAGAAGGGACAGCUGCUCAGCUAUCUGUUGUUUUUGAAUUGGAGCCUGGUCUGUAUAAGGAUUGUCAUGACUUUGUUAUGAAUAAGAUGCAUGGAAGAUUUGAAGUUCUUGCCCACUCUCUUUAUGUGGAUGGGGAUACUCAUGUGGAUUACAAUGAUCAUGAGGACAUGCCUGCACCAUUGCCUCAAAGAACUCCUGAAUCUGUGCUUGAGCUGAAUGAUAAACUUCAAAAGCAAACAAUUUCGUCUGGACCUAAGCCUAAUGAGGGACAACAACCAAAGCAAAAUAAGUGCAACACAUGUGAUGCUUGUUUUGAAGAUGCUAAGUUGUACAGGGAACACCACAAGAGUGAGUGGCACAAGCACAAUAUGAAGCGUAAAACAAGGCAACUUCCUCCACUAUCUGAAGAAGAGUGCACGGCGGAUAUGGAAUUGUUUGAAUCAAAAUCUGAUUUGAAGGAUUAUUCAUUUUGAGUUGGCAAUCGGUGUUUUAGAGAUGUUGUACCAAAAAAGUGUUUUAGAGAUUUUACUGGUAAUCAGUUUAUGACAAGUUUUGCGUGUAUACGUGUGCCUAUUUUGUUAGGACAGUCUGAAUUGUGUAAAAUGUUGACAUAGAAAUCUUUGAAAUUACAUCGAACAUACUUUAUUACUGGUGACAACGAUUAGUGUACUUCUGCUUUCUCUUGGUCUGACAGUGAUGUAAUGCGCAAUUGUAUAAGAAACAAUCAAAGACGUUGUUAUGAUUAAUCAAGUCACUGUGGUUUAUGAGAAUGAA